GUCCCCUGUGCUACCGGUGCCUCUACUGCUCGAGGACAUGAUGGACAACAAAGCCAUGUACAUGCACACUGUGAAUGACCGGGACAACAGCUCUAUCUUUGAAGAGCCCUUUGAUGGCAGGAGCCUGUCGAAGCUGAACCUGUGCGAGGAUGGUCCGUGUCACAAGCGGCGGGCGGGUGGCUGCUGUACCCAGCUGGGCUCCCUGUCAGCACUGAAGCAUGCUGUCCUGGGACUCUACCUUCUGGUUUUCCUGAUUCUUGUGGGUAUCUUCAUCUUAGCAGUGUCCAGGCCUCGAAGCUCCCCAGAUGACUUAAAGACUCUGACGCGGAAUGUGAACCAGCUGAAUGAGAGCUUCCGGGACAUGCAGCUGCGGCUGCUGCAGGCUCCGCUGCAGGCAGACAUGACGGAACAAGUGUGGAAGGUUCAAGAUGCGCUGCAGAACCAGACAGACUCGCUGUUGGCUCUGGCAGGCUUGGUGCAGCGGCUGGAGGGUACACUGUGGGGGCUGCACGCACAGGCGGCACAGACAGAGCAGGCAGUGGCUCUGCUGCGUGACCGCACAGGACAACAGAGUGACUCGGCACAGCUGGAACUCUACCAGCUGCAGGUGGAGAGCAAUCGCAGCCAGCUGCUGCUGCAGCAGCACAAGGGCCUGCUGGACGGGCUGGCGCGCAGGGUGGGCGUUCUGAGUGAGGAGCUGGCCGAUGUGGGUGGCGCACUGCGUGGCCUCAACCAAAGCCUGUCCUAUGAUGUGGCCCUACACAGCACACGGCUGCAGGACCUGCAGGUUCUGGUGAGCAAUACCAGCGCGGACACGCGCCGAAUGAGGCUGGUGCACAUGGACAUGGAAAUGCAACUUAAGCAGGAGCUGGCCAUGCUCAAUGUGGUUACCGAGGACUUGCGUCUCAAGGACUGGGAACAUUCCAUUGCCUUGAGGAACAUCACCCUUGCCAAAGGGCCACCAGGACCCAAAGGUGACCAAGGCAAUGAAGGGAAGGAGGGAAAGCCAGGUACUCCUGGAUUCCCGGGACUUCGAGGUCUGCCCGGAGAGAGAGGUACCCCAGGACUGCCUGGUCCCAAGGGUGAUGAUGGGAAACUAGGGGCCACAGGCCCCAUGGGCAUGCGUGGAUUCAAAGGUGAGCGAGGCCCAAAAGGAGAGAAAGGAGAGAGAGGAGAGAUACACGAUGGCGUGGAUUUCACAAUGAUUCGCCUGGUGAAUGGCUCUGGGCCACAUGAGGGCCGAGUGGAAGUGUACCAUGAUCGUCGCUGGGGCACAGUGUGUGAUGAUGGCUGGGACAGGAAGGAUGGGACCGUCGUGUGCCGCAUGCUGGGCUUCCAUGGUGUUGAGGAGGUGUACCGGACAGCUCGCUUUGGGCAAGGCACCGGGCGGAUUUGGAUGGAUGAUGUGAACUGCAAGGGAACUGAGCUUUCCAUCUUCCACUGCCAAUUCGCCAAAUGGGGAGUGACAAACUGUGGGCAUGCUGAGGAUGCUGGAGUGACUUGUACUGCAUUCUGAAAGUAGGCGCAGCCCAAAGCCAGGGCAGUGCCAUGACCACAUUCCUGUGUCUCUGGGGUAGGAGGAUUGCUUGGAGCUACCUAACCAUGGCUCAUGACCAGUCCAACACCACCCCCAACCCUGCUGCCAAUUGACCCUACUCUGGAUGCAAGGUGACCUGCUGUCACUCUCCUUCCAGACAACUCCAAAGUGCUCAGUGGGACCUACGUUCUGUCUUUCCUUUCCACCAGCUGAACCACCUGUAUGCUCAACUAUCUGAAGACUCUCCACAAGGCCUACACAUCUAUGUUACAGGCAGUCUCUUGGUUACAGCUGGAUGCUGAUAUGAUGUCAUAGGCAAGAGCAGCUAUGGAGGUG